UGACGGGAUCCAUCCGUGUUCAAGAAACAUGGCGGACAAAGAGGAUGAGCCGACGAUCGCUCAAGACUUGGUUGUCACCAAGUACAAAAUGGCUGGAGAAAUGGUCAACAAGAUUCUUAAACAUCUGUUGACCAUGUGUACAGCCGGCACAUCUGUACUCGCCAUUUGCGAAGAAGGUGACAAGCAGUUGAACGAAGAAACGAGCAAAGUGUUUAAGAAGGAGAAAGAGCUGAAGAAAGGCAUUGCUUUUCCCACCUGCGUUUCGGUAAACAACUGCAUCUGCCACUACUCCCCACUCAGGUCUGACACCGAGUACAUUCUGAAAGACGGGGAUGUAGUCAAGCUGGAUCUAGGAGCGCACAUUGAUGGUUUUAUUGCGGUUGUGGCACAUACAGUCAUCGUGGGAGCAAGCCUUGAUAACAAGGUGAAAGGCAGGAAGGCUGACGUCAUCAAGGCUGCCUACUAUGCAGCCGAGGCUGCUCUACGACUUGUCAAGCCUGGUAUUGAGAACAACGCUGUGACAGACGUGAUUCAGAAGGUGGCAGAAUCCUACAACUGCAAGCCUGUUGAAGGGAUGCUGUCACACCAGUUGAAGCAGUACAGGAUAGACGGAGAGAAGUCAAUCAUUCAGAACCCGACGGAAGCCCAGAGGAAAGAGCACGAGAAGUGCAAGUUUGAACUGCAUGAAGUGUAUGCGAUCGACGUCCUGGUGAGCACAGGAGAAGGCAAGGGUCGCGAGAUGGACACCCGAACGACUGUGUACAAGCGCACCGACGAAACUUACUUGUUGCGAAGCAAGGCAUCUCGAGCCUUCCUUAGCAUUGUAGACAAGCAGUAUGCCUCUAUGCCAUUCACACUAAGGGCGUUUGACGAGGAGAUUAAGGCGAAAAUGGGAGUCGUUGAGUGUGUCAACCACAAGCUACUUGACCCAUUCCAGGUCCUGUAUGAAAAGGAGGGUGAAUUUGUGGCCCAGUUCAAAUACACAGUGCUGCUGAUGCCGUCUGGCUCCCAUCGCAUCACGGGUGGCCAGCUGGACCUUGAACUGUUUGAGUCCGAGUACAAGGUGGAAGAUGAGGCGCUCAGUGCUUUGCUCAACCGCUCAGUGAUAGCCAGGUCAGCUAAGAAAAAGAAGAAGAAAGCAGAGAAGGCAAUGCUAACAGCUGGUGAUGGUGCCGGGGAGGCAGAAAACAUGGAUGCUGCGGAGGACUGAUGGGAUCUGUUUCGGCUUCAGGAAACAGACAUGCUUGGUUGUCAGCCUGGCCUAGGUGGUGUGCUUGUGAAAGGGGCGUGAACAGCUGGACAUCGUCAUCCUCACAUUUUUUUUUUUUUACCAACAAGCACAUGCUCACUGAAGACCGAGCCUUGUUUGAGCCAGCCAGCAACAUCAAACCCCAAUCUGAAUUCCUGGGCUCAUGGUCUGGCUCUGAGGUGGAUUAAAUGGUUUUGCAAACACUG